AUCUGAUAAAUUGAAAUGUGCUCUUACUCAGGCGCUUUGCGAUUUCAAACCAUUAGUCGAUAUUCGCAGUAUAAGCCGACCCUUUAUAAGAAAGAAGUGUUAACACGAGUGCUAGAAAGAGCUGAGCUAGUUACAGAGAGCCGGGGACAGAGACAGACGCAGAGAGAGAUGGGGCGAGCGGCCACGUUGGUGGGACUGGCGGUGGCGCUGUCGCUGGCGGCGGUGAUGUUGCCGGAGGUGGCGGCGGUGAGGUACAUGGUAGGGGCGGGCAUGGGCAACGGAUGGGCUACCAACGUUAACUACACCAUUUGGGCUCAAGACAAACACUUCUACAAUGGCGACUGGCUCUACUUUGUGUACGAUAGGAACCAGAUGAGUGUGCUCGAGGUGAACAAGACGGGCUACGAGUCGUGCAUCUCCGAUCACCCAUUGGUGAACUGGACGAGAGGAGCAGGGAGGGACGUUGUCCCACUGAAUGUCACGAGGCCUUACUAUUUCAUCAGCGGCAACGGAUUUUGCUUCGGAGGAGCGAAGCUCGCUGUCAAUGUAGAAAACCCACCACCCCCUCCCGUGGCCUCCCCAGAGAAGAACGGAUCCCCGGCUUCCUCUUACCAGGGACAGAUCGUCCUACCAGCGGUUUUUGCAGUCGGUGCCAUGUGGGACGCGUUCCUCCGUUUCUGCUAGCCCCCAAAAACUGCUCGAGAAUGGGCUUUCCACGAGAUCAAACGCAAAUGCUUCUUUCUUCAUCUACAAAAUUUCUUUUCUGGGUACCUUUUGUUCUGUAUCUAGUAGGAGAUUUGUCUUGAGGGUUUUUCUUCAUGUUUAGCUGUUGACCCGAGUUUGGUUUGGUUUGAUUGAGGGGGAGAUGGCGUGAGUUGUGCUUGAACCUUGUGACCGUGUCGGGUCUCAAAGACCUGAACUGAGCACACCAAAGCUUCAGACAAGAAAAGAAGAGUUCAACGUUGUUUCCUUUUUCCUGUCUCCGCUAGGAAUGCAUGCUUUUUCUAAGAUUGAAGU